CUGUAGGCAGUCGGUGUGCGGCUUGAGGUUAUAGAGCUUGAACCCAAAGCGCCGUUUUGGUUUUUUGAAAAGUUAUUUUAUUAUUUUCACCAGUUUAAUUCCACUGCGAUGAAAGGCUUUUGAAAUUGGGCUUGAUUCGAAGACCUUCUCCGACGUUUGGGACUUUAGUUGGACUGUUUUAUGAGGUGAGUCGGCCAGACGUCAUUGGCAUAUCUACGGCUUCAGCACUGGUUUCGUGAUGGAUCAAAUUCAUUUGAGCCUUCCAGAAGAUUCACUGAGUGAAGAGCAACAGAUAGAACACCCUGGUGAAGAGGAAACUCACACCGCUGAUGCGGACAUUUUGGCUGGAAUUAAUGUUGAAAAGGAAAUCACUGAAACUCAUGAGCAAGGGAGUGUUGGUCUCGAAGGGGAGGAAGAUAUGCUGCUCGAAGGCAGAGAUGGUGAGACAGCCGAAGCUGAAGAGACCAGUACACUAGAUCAAUUAGCCACUGCUCCUAUCCACGAGGAAGCGCAAGAGAGCGGAGAGACGAUUGAAAAAAUCCAACAGGCGAUUAUAGAUGGGGCUAAACUCGACUUCGCUACUAGUGAGCCGACUGGGGUCGAAGAACACAUGGACAGCUCCGGAUUUUCUGAAUCUGAUUCUGUUCCUGUUUCUAAUGAGCAACCCGAACCGGAAAUGAUGGAAGCAGAUGGCGAGCAUGUAGAAGGGCAUGAAUCGAUGGAAGGUGUAGAGACGGCAGGAUUGACAGGGGAUGAGACAUUAGCAGCGGACUUAGAAGGUGCAGUAGGGCUUGAAGAGGCGGAAGACCUAGAAGGCGUUGGUCUUGAAGGCCUUGAAGGUACAGUCGGUACAUUAGAAGAGGGUAAAGGAAUGGAGGGCCCGCAAGAUUUGGAACCGCACACGCUGGAAGAGCAUGGAGGUGAACAAGCAGAAAUUGUUGGAGAAGCUGGAGAACCGAUAGCCGAGCAUGCGCUUCCUGAAGAACAUACCGAGGCCCUUGAAACUCCCGAAGCUGCUGAAGGGCAUGAACAGUUGGAACGGGUCGGAAUGGAAGCGAUCGAAGCCAUGGAAAAACAAGACACAGUUGCAGCGGCUGUAGAAGGGCUAGAGGGUCAGAUCUCAUUAAGCGAGGACCCUCUUGCUGUUGAAAGGAAUUUGGCAUUACUCGAGGGUGGGCACGAAGGCUUAGUACAUUCUCAAGGAGAGUCUGAACAUGCUCAGCAAAUGGAUGCUGUACAUUUACCCCAGGUCGGUCAUCCUUCAGAGUUGGGAGUGAAUCUGUUUCAAGGUGAGGAUGACCAGGCGACAGACGACGCUGCAUUAAUGCAACAAGCAGAACAGUUCCAAGAAGCUGCAAAAACACCUUCACAAGAGCAAGACGAAACACCUCUGGAAGAUCCGAAUGCCAGUUCCAUCCCGAUAGUUCCAAUAGGUUUGGCGCCUGAACAUGGUACAAGCCAAGAGAUUAAACGGGAACAAACCGCAGACGAUUCUGAAAUACCAGGGAAUGAUGAUCUUGCAACCUUGGCCACUGCUGCAUUAACCCAAGCGACAAAUGGUGUUAAAACAGAGGACGCUUCCAAAAAAGAAGAACCUGUUUGGUGUGAUGUAGGAAUCUUCAAAGGGACUUCCUGCUUUGUCAAGUCUUAUUACUUGCCCCAAUCGCCUCUUGAUCAAGAGCAUGAGUUUAUGACUUUGGACAACCUCCCAGAUUUCGCCAACCGCAUGAAACUCGAGCUCGAACCAGGCACUGCGUACAAAUUCAGGGUUGCUGCUAUAAAUUCAUGCGGACGAGGGCCAUGGAGCGAAGUGGCUGCUUUUAAAACAUGCCUCCCCGGCUAUCCUGGCGCACCUUCUUCGAUUAAAAUAUCCAAGUCUGCUGAAGGAGCGCAUCUCUCAUGGGAGCCUCCUUCCAACCCAGCUGGAAACAUAAUCGAAUAUUCGGUAUGCCUGGCAGUCAGGAAUAGUGCCCAGUCAACCUCAACUGACAACAAAGCACAACAGCUGGCUUUCGUCAGGGUGUACAGCGGUCCACAAAACCAAACCAUUGUACCCAAUGCAUCUCUCGCUGCAGCACACAUCGACACAACCUCUAAACCAGCAAUUAUUUUCAGAAUAGCAGCCAAAAAUGAAAAGGGCUUCGGGCCCGCUACUCAAGUCAGGUGGCUCCAAGAUGUCAUUGCUUCGCCAGGGGGCGGUGUCAAAACCCUUCAGAAAAAAGAUCCCUUGAAUUCAAGUAUUGCAAUUAAACGAGUCAAAACCGAAGAAUACUAAGGGAAUUCUCUUUACCCCAAUGUUUUUAUUUGUGAAAAAAUUUCA